GCGGGCGGUCGGAGGAACAGCUAUGGCGGAGGCUCCGACCGGGGAAGGCGGCGGCGGCGACGCCGACGACGAGGCCGAUUACUUCGACUCGAAGAGCCACUGCCUGGAGCUGUCGCGCCGGCAGAACGAGCAGCGGAAGCGCGGCCUCUUCUGCGACCUGACGCUGUCGGUGGGGGGCCGCGAGUUCCGCGCCCACCGCUCGGUGCUGGCCGCCGCCACCGAGUACUUCGAGCCGCUGCUCGGCGGCAACUUCGAGGAGUCGCGCUCCGAGCGGGUGGAGAUGCGCAACUGGAGCACCCAGCCCGGCCCCGACCCCGACACCGUCGAGGCCGUCAUCCAGUACAUGUACACCGGCGCCAUCCGCGUCUGCACCGGCACCGUCCACGAAGUGCUGGAGCUGGCCGACAGGUUCCUCUUGCUCCAGCUGAAGGAAUUCUGUGGGGAGUUUCUGAAGAAGAAGCUGAACCUUACGAACUGCGUGGCCGUUCACAGCCUGGCCCACAUGUACUCCCUGGACCAGCUGGCGCUGAAAGCAGCAGACAUGAUUCGCAGGGACUUCUACAAGGUGAUCUGGGACGACGAGUUCUACACGCUGCCCUUCCACCUGGUCAGGGACUGGCUGUCGGACUCUGAGAUCACGGUGGACUCUGAGGAAGUUCUGUUUGAGGCGGUGGUGAAGUGGGUUCACCGGAACCCCGAGGAAAGGGAGAAGCACUUCGAGGAGUUGUUCAAACUCUUGCGGUUGCCCCAGAUGAAGCCCACCUACCUCACCCGCAUCAUUAAGUCCGAGCAGCUGGUGGCCGGUAGCGCCAGCUGCCUGCGGCUGGUGACAGAGGCGGUGGAGGGACACGCGCUGAGGUCGGAGAACCAGCAGCCGGCCAGCCCGGACAGCUGGGCGUCGCACGUGGUGCCCUUCCAGCCCCGCUUUGGCCAGAACAUGGACGUCAUCAUGGUGGUGGGCGGCGUGUCAGAGGGCGGGGACUACCUCAGCGAGUGCGUGGGCUACUUCGUUGACGAGGACCGGUGGGUGAACCUCCCCCACAUCCACAACCACCUCGACGGCCACGCCAUGGCUGUCACCGAGUCCCACGUCUACGUGGCGGGCUCCAUGGAGCCCGGGUUCGCGAAGACGGUGGAACGCUACAGCCCCAACCGUAACAGCUGGGAGCAGCUGAGCAACCUAAUCACCAGGAAGCACUCCUUCGGCCUGAUGGCGGUGAAGCAGCACCUGUACAGCAUCGGGGGCCACGGCAACUUCAGCCCGGGCUUCAAGGACGUCGACGUCUACGAGCCCGAGAACGACCGGUGGCACCACCUCCAGUCGGCCCCCAAGAUCCUGCGCGACGUCAAGGCCAUCAGCGUGGAGGACCGCUACGUGUACGUCACCGCUCGCAGCCCCGUGGAAACCGACAGCGAGGACGGGCUGGGGACCGUCAGCGCCAAGUACGACACGGACACGAGGGAGUGGCAAGACGUGGAGUCCCUGCCGCUGCUGGAUAACUACUGUGCCUUCCAGACGGCUGUCUCCACCACGAACUUCUACCACACGGCCUCCUGCUGCCCCAGGUGUUACCCCGUGACGGACAGCGAAGCGAAGCGGAAAAUCUCCAGCACCGCGGCCGACGAGAUCCUGGAGAGCUUGCCCCCAGAGGUGCUGAGUAUAGAGGGGGCGGCCGUCUGCUACUUCCGCGACGACGUCUUCAUCAUCGGCGGCUGGAAGAACAGCGACGACAUAGACAAGCAGUACCGGAAGGAGGCGUACCGCUACUGCGCCGAGCGGAAGCGCUGGAUGCUGCUGCCCCCCAUGCCCCAGCCCCGGUGCCGGGCGACCGCCUGCCACGUGAGGGUCCCGUACCGGUACCUGCACGGGGCGCAGAGGUACCCAAUGCCGCAGAACCUGGCCAGGCAGCGGGAGAGGCUGCAGCAGAUGCAGCAGCUGCACCGGCGUUCCCUGAUCCUCAGGCGACAGCAGCAGCCCCAGGUCGACUGCUGACCGCGUGGCAUCGCCAUCGGAGACUCACACAGCCGCCCGAGUACAAAGGACGUGCAGCUUGUUGGUGUUUAUAGGUAACUAGUAACUCCUGUCCUGUCCAAGCAUAAACUGCAAUGUCAUUGUAAAUUUGGAACGUUGAAAAUGUUGGUAAGGUUUGUAAAAUAUGCUUUGCCUUAGUUAAGUUUAUUUAUUCACUUCAACCCUCUCACUAAAUAUCCUGGUCACUCAAGACCCAUUUUUUAUUUACCAAUGCAGAAUUGAUAAGCUUUGUCAUGUAUAUUUUGUUUAAGUAAUUCACUUCAAGAAGUUUGGGUGGAGGUGGGGAGCCUAUUCUGUUGAGUCAUAGUAAAUGCCUCUUGUCGCUCGAUAUCAACAGCCGCUCUUUGUUGUGGUCGGGCGACCGUUCUGUCAGCACUCAGAAACAAAGGGUGUUGGUGUGAUCGGUCUCGCGGGUGCUUCUGCACUGCCGGAACCAAGGUCUGCCCCGAUCCGGAAUAUUAGAUUAACGCCAUCAAAGACCCUGGCAGCUUUUGCCUGAAUUUUCCGGGUGGCAGCCAGUAAGAGGGACGUUGCCCUGGAAACCUCAAAUAUCAGCGCGCUCCCCCGGCCACUGGGACCGCUGCGAUAAGCACGCGAGUAGGUGAGGAGCGCGCUCAUUAACAGGCGAGCAGUGGUCGUUGUUUCCCAGGCUGUUCGAAGCCAGUUACCUUUCCGUCGUACCUGAAGUGUUGUCUGCCAGUCGGGCACUCCUGGCAUUCGGCAGAUCGGCGUCGAGAUGGCGCCUGCCCUUCGAGCUGCCGCUGCUGAAGGUGUCAAGAGUUCCCAGUGAGGAGCGUGACGAUUGAGUUGCCGCGGUGACCACUGACCGCCGUCCCACACAGACCCCCAAGCUCAGUACGUGAGACGUGUUCUUAACAUGGCCUCUCAUCACCUCUGAACCCAUGACUUUCAGAAGUGAACAUUUACACGAAGGUGAAGUGCUUUCCUUUGCAGUUCUAGGUUUAGAAUGACCGUAAUUAAAAUGCACCCACCCUAAUUACCGUAAUUAAAAUAUCUAGGAAGCUUUGAAAUGCAACAAUGUGAAAUGAUUCUGUUACAUCACGGUGGUGUUUCCAAUGUGUUUGGUCUUCUGGGGUGUUGUUACUAGAAGCUGCAAUGUGUGUAAAUGUAUAUUGACAUGUCAAUCCUUGAAUUCUAGGAUGUAUUUUCCAAGUGCAGGUCCGUUUGUUUCAGAAGUUAAGCUCGGAGGAGGCAGUAGCAUAUGUUUGGUCAGGCCGUUCUAAUUUCUGUAUCAGAAGUGGUCCUGGAAUUCGAGUAAGCAGUUCAAACCUGAUUUAAAAUUAAAUUCACUUGUAAGCGCAUUUGUGAGAUGCAUUGGUGAAAAGGGUUUAUUGUGUAGGGUAUGGUGACCGAUCGUUCCUUUCUCACCCCAUCUGACAGGCUAUGUCGCUGCUGACUGCCACAAGGUCUGUACACUUUUUGACCCUACAUAUAAACUCAGUUUUUUUUUACCAUUGUUGACGCCCUAGCGUUCGCUCAGAAGUCUGGUUUAAUAAUUGUCUCCUCUUACAGCGGUGACUUCUUGCGCGUGUCCUGAGCAAUUGGGCAACCUCCCGUUUACUGGGCUUAGUGUUGACAGUCACAUACUCCAUCCAGCAACUACUGUUUCCCUUCCUAAUUCCGAUUUAAAAUAGAAUAGGAACCUUUACAUAUAAUCUCUAGACCUGGUAAGAAUAAGUGCCCUUGAUAAAGUAGAACUGAAGGUAAUCUGUCCGCCUGCUUACGCCCGGGAACCACGUACACUCUCCAGUCACAAGCUUCGGUUAGGAAGGACAUCUUUUAAUGGGCUAAAUUUUUAAAACUAUAGUCCUCCUUCCAGCACUGAAACGGCCAUAACAAUCUCGGCUGCAAUAUCUGCUUUUGUUCCUCCUUAAAAAAAAAAUACACGUCUCUGCCAUCAAAUGCAUCAGCACGCCAAGCCAGACGGAGAUAAUGUGGUGAGAACAUGGCGGUAUUCAUUGAUCCGUCGCCUCUGGAAGCAGUAGUGUGCUCAGUGGCUUUCCCAAUUCUUGCUGUGUAACGGUGGUUCAGGAAUGAAUGCAGUCCUCUAACUGCUAAAUACACUGUCACUUGUCGCACGAGCUACUGGAGUCAUCUCUACACCCGUGUUACCGUGCUGAUGAGUUGUUUUAUUUCCAGACCCAGCGCCUGCAGCUUGGGAAUUGAUGGUAAGUGAUUCGCAGCAUGGUUUUUGCGUGAGUUACAGUCACUGCUUGUUUGAAAUGGAUUACUAAACCCAGUGGAAAAUACUGUGCCCACAGCUCCCCGAUAAACCAAAAGGAAAUUCCAGCAACGAUUAGUCCCUUUCAGCAUGAAGCCUUGCUGCCUACAAAUAGCCUUUUUUUGAUCGAUCCUAACCAGUGUUGUCAGUAUCUUGUUGUGAUACAGAUCUCUCACCAGAUUGUCUCAAACCAGCUGUCUCAUUGUGACACAGAUCUCAUACCAGAUCGUCUCUAAACAGUGUUGUCAUUAUCUCAUUGUGAUACAGAUCUCACACCAGAUUGUCCCUAAAUAGUGUUGUCAGUAUCUCAUGGUGAUACAGAUCUCACACCAGAUCCUCUCUAACCAGUGUUGUCAGUAUCUCAUUGUGAUACAGAUCUCACACCAGAUCGUCUCUAAACAGUGUUGUCAAUUCCUCAUUGUGAUACAGAUCUAACACCAGAUCUUCUCUAACCAGCAUUGUCAGUUUCUCAUUGUGAUACAGAUCUCACACCAGAUCGUCUCUAAAUAGUGUUGUCAGUAUCUCAUGGUGAUACAGAUCUCACACCAGAUCUUCUCUAACCAGUGUUGUCAGUAUCUCAUUGUGAUACAGAUCUCACACCAGAUUGUCUCUAAACAGUGUUGUCAAUUCCUCAUUGUGAUACAGAUCUAACACCAGAUCUUCUCUAACCAGCAUUGUCAGUUUCUCAUUGUGAUACAGAUCUCACACCAGAUCGUCUCUAAAUAGUGUUGUCAGUAUCUCAUGGUGAUACAGAUCUCACACCAGAUCUUCUCUAACCAGUGUUGUCAGUAUCUCAUUGUGAUACAGAUCUCACACCAGAUCAUCUCUAAACAGUGUUGUCAAUUCCUCAUUGUGAUACAGAUCUAACACCAGAUCUUCUCUAACCAGCAUUGUCAGUUUCUCAUUGUGAUACAGAUCUCACACCAGAUCGUCUCUAAAUAGUGUUGUCAGUAUCUCAUGGUGAUACAGAUCUCACACCAGAUCAUCUCUAACCAGUGUUGUCAGUAUCUCAUGGUGAUACAGAUCUAACACCAGAUCAUCUCUAACCAGUGUUGUCAGUAUCUCAUUGUGAUACAGAUCUAACACCAGAUCGUCUCUAACCAGCAUUGUCAGUUUCUCAUUGUGAUACAGAUCUCACACCAGAUCGUCUCUCACCAGUGUUGUCAGUAUCUCAUUGUGAUACAGAUCUCACACCAGAUCGUCUCUAAACAGUGUUGUCAAUUCCUCAUUGUGAUACAGAUCUAACACCAGAUCUUCUCUAACCAGCAUUGUCAGUUUCUCAUUGUGAUACAGAUCUCACACCAGAUCGUCUCUAACCAGUGUUGUCAGUAUCUCAUUGUGAUACAGAUCUCACACCAGAUCGUCUCUAAAUAGUGUUGUCAGUAUCUCAUGGUGAUACAGAUCUCACACCAGAUCUUCUCUAACCAGUGUUGUCAGUAUCUCAUUGUGAUACAGAUCUCACACCAGAUUGUCUCUAAACAGUGUUGUCAAUUCCUCAUUGUGAUACAGAUCUAACACCAGAUCUUCUCUAACCAGCAUUGUCAGUUUCUCAUUGUGAUACAGAUCUCACACCAGAUCGUCUCUAACCAGUGUUGUCAGUUUCUCAUUGUGAUACAGAUCUCACACCAGAUCAUCUCUAACCAGUGUUGUCAGUAUCUCAUGGUGAUACAGAUCUCACACCAGAUCUUCUCUAACCAGUGUUGUCAGUAUCUCAUUGUGAUACAGAUCUCACACCAGAUCAUCUCUAAACAGUGUUGUCAAUUCCUCAUUGUGAUACAGAUCUAACACCAGAUCUUCUCUAACCAGCAUUGUCAGUUUCUCAUUGUGAUACAGAUCUCACACCAGAUCGUCUCUAAAUAGUGUUGUCAGUAUCUCAUGGUGAUACAGAUCUCACACCAGAUCUUCUCUAACCAGUGUUGUCAGUAUCUCAUGGUGAUACAGAUCUCACACCAGAUCUUCUCUAACCAGUGUUGUCAGUAUCUCAUUGUGAUACAGAUCUCACACCAGAUCAUCUCUAAACAGUGUUGUCAAUUCCUCAUUGUGAUACAGAUCUAACACCAGAUCUUCUCUAACCAGCAUUGUCAGUUUCUCAUUGUGAUACAGAUCUCACACCAGAUCGUCUCUAAAUAGUGUUGUCAGUAUCUCAUGGUGAUACAGAUCUCACACCAGAUCUUCUCUAACCAGUGUUGUCAGUAUCUCAUGGUGAUACAGAUCUCACACCAGAUCAUCUCUAACCAGUGUUGUCAGUAUCUCAUGGUGAUACAGAUCUCACACCAGAUCAUCUCUAAACAGUGUUGUCAAUUCCUCAUUGUGAUACAGAUCUAACACCAGAUCUUCUCUAACCAGCAUUGUCAGUUUCUCAUUGUGAUACAGAUCUCACACCAGAUCGUCUCUAAAUAGUGUUGUCAGUAUCUCAUGGUGAUACAGAUCUCACACCAGAUCUUCUCUAACCAGUGUUGUCAGUAUCUCAUGGUGAUACAGAUCUCACACCAGAUCAUCUCUAACCAGUGUUGUCAGUAUCUCAUGGUGAUACAGAUCUCACACCAGAUCAUCUCUAAACAGUGUUGUCAAUUCCUCAUUGUGAUACAGAUCUAACACCAGAUCAUCUCUAACCAGCAUUGUCAGUUUCUCAUUGUGAUACAGAUCUCACACCAGAUCGUCUCUAAAUAGUGUUGUCAAUUCCUCAUUGUGAUACAGAUCUCACACCAGAUCUUCUCUAACCAGUGUUGUCAGUAUCUCAUGGUGAUACAGAUCUCACACCAGAUCAUCUCUAACCAGCAUUGUCAGUUUCUCAUUGUGAUACAGAUCUCACACCAGAUCAUCUCUAACCAGUGUUGUCAGUAUCUCAUUGUGAUACAGAUCUCACACCAGAUCAUCUCUAACCAGCAUUGUCAGUUUCUCAUUGUGAUACAGAUCUCACACCAGAUCGUCUCUAAAUAGUGUUGUCAGUAUCUCAUGGUGAUACAGAUCUAACACCAGAUCAUCUCUAACCAGUGUUGUCAGUAUCUCAUUGUGAUACAGAUCUCACACCAGAUCAUCUCUAACCAGUGUUGUCAGUAUCUCAUUGUGAUACAGAUCUCACACCAGAUCAUCUCUAAACAGUGUUGUCAAUUCCUCAUUGUGAUACAGAUCUAACACCAGAUCGUCUCUAACCAGCAUUGUCAGUUUCUCAUUGUGAUACAGAUCUCACACCAGAUCGUCUCUAAAUAGUGUUGUCAGUAUCUCAUUGUGAUACAGAUCUAACACCAGAUCGUCUCUAACCAGCAUUGUCAGUUUCUCAUUGUGAUACAGAUCUCACACCAGAUCAUCUCUAACCAGUGUUGUCAGUUUCUCAUUGUGAUACAGAUCUCACACCAGAUCAUCUCUAACCAGUGUUGUCAGUAUCUCAUUGUGAUACAGAUCUCACACCAGAUCAUCUCUAACCAGUGUUGUCAGUAUCUCAUUGUGAUACAGAUCUCACACCAGAUCAUCUCUAACCAGUGUUGUCAGUAUCUCAUUGUGAUACAGAUCUCACACCAGAUCGUCUCUAACCAGUGUUGUCAUUAUCUCAUUGUGAUACAGAUCUAACACCAGAUCGUCUCUAACCAGUGUUGUCAGUAUCUCAUUGUGAUACAGAUCUCACACCAGAUCAUCUCUAAACAGUGUUGUCAAUUCCUCAUUGUGAUACAGAUCUCACACCAGAUCAUCUCUAACCAGUGUUGUCAGUAUCUCAUUGUGAUACAGAUCUCACACCAGAUCAUCUCUAACCAGUGUUGUCAGUAUCUCAUUGUGAUACAGAUCUCACACCAGAUCUUCUCUAACCAGUGUUGUCAGUAUCUCAUUGUGAUACAGAUCUAACACCAGAUCGUCUCUAACCAGCAUUGUCAGUUUCUCAUUGUGAUACAGAUCUAACACCAGAUCUUCUCUAACCAGCAUUGUCAGUUUCUCAUUGUGAUACAGAUCUCACACCAGAUCGUCUCUAAAUAGUGUUGUCAGUAUCUCAUGGUGAUACAGAUCUCACACCAGAUCUUCUCUAACCAGUGUUGUCAGUAUCUCAUUGUGAUACAGAUCUAACACCAGAUCGUCUCUAACCAGCAUUGUCAAUUCCUCAUUGUGAUACAGAUCUAACACCAGAUCUUCUCUAACCAGCAUUGUCAGUAUCUCAUUGUGAUACAGAUCUCACACCAGAUCGUCUCUAACCAGUGUUGUCAUUAUCUCAUUGUGAUACAGAUCUCAUAACAGAUCUUGUUGCGACAAAUCAUCACAUUAAGAAACAAGGUUUUCUUUCCCCUUCUCUAUUUUUGUGAAAUCUGCUUCUUUCAUCUUUGGCAGCUUUUUCUUGGAUUACUGUGGCAGCUUUAGUGUUCUGAGUAAAGGCUGAUUUAUACUUGUGAGUCAAAUGUACGGCGUAGCCGCGUACCCUACGCUGUACUCUACGCAAACCCUACGCCGUAGCCUAACGCGCACCUCUCCCAAAAUGUAACUGCGCGUCGCGGUGUCGCAGACUGAAACAACUGUGAUUGUUCCGCCUGGUAGCAUCGCAUUUCCUCCUACGCUGCAAUAGCUUCCCACUGGGCGACUGAAGGGCAGGGAAGGAACUCUGGCUGUAAUGCUUUCCGUAAAGCUUUACAGACCUCCGAAAUUACGGAGGACCCUGUGCUUGACGCCAGUUUGUAGCUGGCUGCUACAGCCUGUUGACUUCCAUCUGAAGCUAAACCUUCGAAUGGUGAUUGCCAGUCGCUGCGCGUACACUGAUGCGAUAUUAAUGGUUGGAGACGAUGAACCAAAUCGUCAAAUCUACCUGCCGACAUCCGAAAAUAUUUGAAAUGCAUUUCCUCGUCCGUCUCUCUCAGUGGCCGGACAAGCACAGAAUAUUCACCCCCCUUCAGUUUCAGUCGCCAUUGUCUGAAAUUUGGGUUUCUUCGUGUUGAAACUCAACACAGUGGCAUAGAAACCCCACCGCCAACGAGCGUUUUGGCGGUGAAUUGCAGAGCGACGCAGACACACCAACGCACAGGUAUAAAUGCUCACAACGGCGUAGCCCACUUGCGUGAGCUAGUACGCACAAGUAUAAACCAGCCUUAAUCUGUCAGUUAACACGCAUGUAUAAUGACUGAUUGCAUUCCUUUGCGUGAUUUGCUGCGUUUAACCACUCUGGCUGUCUCACUUUUUUUUAGAUUCAGCUGAAGCCUACUGGAUAUGGGAGCUUGUGCUUUAGACAUUUCCCGUUUCUUUGUUCACAGUGUGUAUGCAACUACCAGAACUAAACCUUGCUCUCUAUUGAAAGAACUAACAGUGUGGUGGAGAUGGGCCCCAGCUGUGCUUAACAGGCCUCUCCAAAUUCUGCCGCUUGCUUUUGGUUAGUUUUAACUUUUGUGUGCUCUUUUUAUUCUUUCUGAGUUAUUGGCCUCUCUCUCUCUCCACUGAGAUUGGAUGACGACUUUGUCAGAGCGUGCGCCAUUGAUGACCUAAAUGUGUAUGUCAGGGGUGCUCACAGUUUUCAUUUCUCCCUUUGGCCAAGGGAGCAGAGACUUCUGCUACUGUGUGGUGAUGUUGGCUAUUGCGAAGGGAAGGUAGUUAAAAGUCCAUUGUGUCCUCGUCUGAAAUCCAGGCUGUUUACUGCAUGUGUUUGAGAUUAUAGUUGGUCUAGUUUCUCUCUGUCGCCCUUGGCAAUCCGUUAAACAUCCCCUCUGUCAAAAGGUUUGUUUGUAAAGAAGCAGGCUUCUCCAUCCGCGCACUUCUGCAGUGAGCUGAGCACCAUGUCGUUAACGUUGAGUUACGAGGGAUAGACCGAGGAGUAUCUUCUGAACAAAAGUUGUGCUUGUAAACUCCAUCCCCCAUCUGAACCAUUUGCAUCUGGUUUGUCUACACCUCACAGUCCCUUUCUAUGAAAUGCACGUGCAUGUUUGGCAAUCUGAACUUAUCUAUUCGUUUUUAUAAAAUACGGCAUGUCAAUAAAAUGGUUACUUUUACCACGGAAUAUAUCUGUCUUCUGUAUUGAAAGUGUUACUAUGCAGAGAGCCAUACGCCCACUUGACAGACUGUAGAAUUAAACAUCUACUGUCUCUGUUUUUUAUUAUGUACAGUACGUCUUUCCUAG